AUGUCAGGAGCGGCAAAGGCGGCAUCAAGUCUCGCCAAUGCACACAAGCCAGUCAAGAUUGAUCGAUGGUCCCUCAUCGAAGCAAGAGCUGGCUCGCUCGAGCCAAUAUAUCUGCAGGAAGCAGAUAGCUCUGUCGAAUUCAUUCAGACGCGACAACGACAUCGCCAGCCGGUUGCAUCGACGUCGGCUAGCCCUUAUGGCGAGUCAGGGACAGAACACGCUGAUGCAGCAAACGAUAUUGAGAUCAGACACACACGCUUAAAGCGCUCUCCAUCCGUCGCGCUGAUCGAGCGUGUUGAGCGCAUCGGAUCCGUCAAACCUGCUGAGGGCCGCGAGUCUGCCAGUGAAACAAAGCGUCACCCUGGCUUCUCAUCUGCGCGCGAUCUGCUCGGCAAACAGGCCACGACAGAAGCGUCAGAAGCUCUCGCACUGCCACCGCCAAUCGAUGCCGAAGCUUGGCGACGCAAGAACAGCGCUAUACUGGUCGAAAGUCCAACUCAUAUCCAGCUCGACGCGACUGAGCCUUCACCGAGACAAUCGCAUUUUCGUGAUCGCAUAGCCGACUAUCGGUUCAAGAAGGUCCUCGAAAAGACGCCCAGUCCACGCGAAAUGAGAUCAAAUCCCUUCAGCACCCGUGCGCAAUCUCCUGUCGUACUGUCUAGCGAUCCUACGCCGCCUAUCGCGCAAGCUGAGCUACCUCAGCGAGAGCCAAAACGUGCCAGGCGCCUGCCAGAUAAGGUGUUUGUGCCUUCCAUCAUGAAUGUGCUCGUCAGCUGCCCUGUUUGCCUGGCAAUAUGGCAGAGUCGAAAGUCAGCAGCCAAAAAGACUGAUCACGUCAAGGCCUGCGCCGAUCAGCACGGCCAUACCCAGGAUCAAGUCAUAGCCGAGAUGGAUCGCCAGGUGUUGCGGCUCAAGAUGGAGCAUGAUCAGGCUAUGCGGGCGACUGCAACCCUGCUCGACAGUGUACUCGCGGAUCGCUCAGCGACCGUCGAUCAGAUGGUACUCGAAGCGACGCAAGGCCCAAAGCAGAUCAAUGGUACUCACAAGGCCAAACUGAACCAGUUAGCCGCCAAAAUAAAUGACAAGGAUCACAACGCAGCAAGCAAGGCCCUCGACCGGGCCGUGAGAGCAAUACAGAAGUCUGGCCGUCAGACUGAAACGCUCUCGUUUGUAGAGACUGUGCCUGUCGAGAUGCCUGUGCUCGCAGUGAAGAAGCAGCAGAGUCAUACGCCAGAGGCACUGCCGCCGCCACCGGCGACUCAAGCCUUUGCACCGUCGAAGCUGACAAGCAAGUAUGCCAAGAAGAGCAGUCUGUUCAAUGCAGCUUGUCAAGACGCCUCUCACGCAAACGAUAUUGACAGCGCAAAAGAGCCCACGGCGAGUUCUGAUGGCGUCACUUUGCUACCCCAGCCUGAACCAAUCACGCUCGACACGACAGACGCUUCCAUGUCUGACUCUGAUGUGCCGAUGCAAACGCAGAUGGUGAAGCGCAGAAAGCGCAAAAGUGACCAGCAAACGUCACCCGGCGGCAUCGCGGACGCCAUCAGUUCUAUGGGCAUCGAGCCGCCGUCAACGCCGCCUGCACCGACCUCAAGACGGACCACCAAAUCGAAGGUCAAGCCGCUUGUAGCACCUCUUGGCAGUCCGGCCAGCCCAGCAAUGCCAGAUUACGAUGCGUGGACACUGGAAGCACUACAGAUCGAGCUGGCGCAGUACGGCUAUAAAAAAUCAAAGUCCAAAAAGGCAACAAUUGAACGUCUUGUGGCGGUGUGGCACGCCAAUCAGGCUAGUCGCGCUGCUAAGUCCGGCAAGAAGAAGCGGACCGUUUCGCCGACUAAGCGGAAGGCUGCAUCACCUCGGAAGCGCAAGUCCAGCAAGACACCGUCGAUAGAGGAAGUUCCUACAGACGAAGAGGAUGUCGAGGGUAGUCAAGAGCCCAUGCAGACGGUAGCACACCAGAUUUAUCAGCUCGUCCGCUAUGAUCCAGUCCUUUGGCCGCGUCUUCUGCGUUACGAACCCCUUUGCUUCGAGGAUGUGCACGGCAAGAUCAAAGCGGCAGGCAUCAAGAGCAGCCUGUUACAGACCAGGGAGUUUCUGGAUGAUCAGGCGAUCACCCACUUUUCGCAGAGCGCGAUCGGACCCAGGACGGGCAAAGGACGAGGACGACGAUAG